CCGACCUUACGUAUCCGCCGCCGCCUCCACCUCUCUACUCUCUUCGUGUCUAUCCGCCUCUUGUCACCAUACCCCCCAUGCCCCCCCGCCUCGCCCUGCCCGCUGCCCUCCACAGCUACCCCGCCGUCCUGGCCGCCGCCGCCCUCCUCCGUCUCGCAGCCUUUGCCCUCCCCAGCCUCCCCGACCUCCUACAACGGAGGCCCGAGAUAUCGACCCCGCUCGUCUCCUUUCGCAGCUUAAAAGAAGGCGUCUUUCUCUACAGCCAUGGCACCAACCCAUACAUAGGGGGCACGUUCUAUCAUGCAAGUCGAGUGCGCCCAUGCCUACAGCCCGACUAACGCCAUGCCUAGUCUCCGAUCUACCUAGGCAUGUUCACCCAUGUGGUCCCUAUAGCAUCACCCCUGGCUACGGCUGCUCUAUGGACACUCGUCGACCUCUGGGGCUCGGGGCGCCUCUUGCGAAUAGCAGGGGCAAGGCGUGGCAGUAGUGCUUCACGAAAUGCACUUGUGGCUGCAUUAUAUCUCUUCAACCCAUACACUCUGGCCACGUGCUUGGCAAGGUCGACAGCAAGCGUAGACACCGCGAUCCUGCUCACCGCAAUCUCGGCCGCAAUUGACGGCAACAUUUCCGUGGGAUUGUUCCUCCUUACCAUUACAUCAGCAGCCUGCGUCUACCCGGUGCUGCUAUUCCCGCCCAUCAUCAUGCUUCUCUGGAAACACAACACAGUCUCUGGCACGCGACUGGCAAUCCAAUCUGUAGCAACGGUGGCCACCAGCGCGUCCGCUGUGUCCAUUCUCGGUUAUUUCAUGGUCGGAUGGAACUGGGUGCCGCACACCCUAGGACUCGUAGUCUCUGUUGCUGAUCUAACUCCAAACGUUGGGAUGUGGUGGUAUUUCUUUACAGAGAUGUUUGACCACUUUCGUACUUUUUUCCUUGGCGUUUUCCAGCUGCAUACAGUCAUCUAUGUGGCACCCAUCUGCUUGAGAUUGUCUGACGAUCCCUUGUUUGCACUAUUGCUCUUGGUCGGCAUCAUCAGCACAUGGAAGAGCUACCCGUCUUUGGGCGACAUGGCACUCUGGGCCGGCCUUCUGGGGUGUUUUCCCGACAUUGUUUCGAACUUGCGACACCCACUCUUCACCUUCACUGUCCACCUCUACACGGCCAUCCUACUGCCCCUGCUCCAUUCGCUAUGGCUGCUCACCGGUACAGGCAACGCCAACUUUUUCUAUGCUGCCACGAUGGUGUAUGGGCUCAAUGCCAGUCUGGCGAUUGUCGACGUUUUGGGAGCGGGAUUGCGGCAUAGAGUCAAGACGUCAGUGGACAAGUGGGCAACGGAGCAACAGUCGAUAGAUGGCGGCGCUGCUGAUACCAAGAUAGAUUGGGAUAGCAGAGGGUGGCACGCUGUUCAAUUUUCUGCAUAGGUACUUUCAAAGGCAUA